AUGACAGAGUGCAAGGACGAAAGAACAGCGGGAGUUUCUGAAGAUCAAGCAUUGAACGAUACCAUUACUUGGCGGCCUGAGUUCUCGACUCGCCGGCCAAUCAAUGGCAUCUGCGAUGAUGAGAACAUUCCGUGGAUCGAUGUACGCGAUGCACUGUGGCAGGAUCUGGACGCCGAUGAGGGUGCCGGAGAACAAUCAGGAGAAACCAAAAGGACCGCCCUCCAGGCAUUCAUGGUAGAUGAGGAGCUACCCGAUACCUUGUUGGUCGACGAAGACAUAGAAGAGUUUUUCUCAGGUGCCAGUCUAGAACUAUUGCGAGCAAAAGUAUGGCGAGGUCCAGUCUUGUUGCGCAAGGCAUGGGUUGCUGAAGGGACACGCAACCGGUUCGAGGCGAGCCCGGAAUGGCUCACAGCCCACGAUUUGUAUCAUAAGUUGAUCAAGCCAAGGUUUUUAUCCGCCGCCGCUAGGUCCAAUUCAGCCAUCCAGCGAGACCCGGAUCUCGACAUAGAGCGUCGUCUAAUUUUCAUCAACGAUCCGGACAAAUGGGACGUCCAUGCACUUGCAGGUACGGCAUCAUAUUACCAGGUUGGUGCCUUACGAAACACGUUUUUGAAGUAUCUGGACUUUGAUCCUAGCAUGGAGGUGACUAUGACAACCAGGGGCUGGCCAGUGUUCGAGUUUUCUCUCCACUUACCAUACUAUGCAUGGCGCUGCAGCCCUGCGCCAAACAAAGAUGCUCGGCUCGACACCAGUGGUCGCCCACUCAGGAAAUUCAGAAACGUCUCUAUGCUGAAUGGCAAGUCUGGAAAUGCAUAUCUUUACGAAGGCCAGAUCUCAUUUGUGCUUGCUGGCAUAGAUGAGUGGACGUACGUGGGAUACUGCUUUGUUGACACUUAUUUUGACGGCGACGAUGGGGAAGGUGCUUAUAAGUAUAACGAAGAUUUUGGGAAUGGGUUACACACAAAUCCAGUCAUGUAUGGACUUGCUGACAGGAUCCAAACCACCCAUCAAGCCCGGGACUUUUUUUUAAGAGUGUUCAAUGCUCGCCUCAAACCAAUCAUGCAAGAGUGGAAAGUCGUUGUCAAGAAACUGGGAAAGAGCAUCCGGGAUUCACAUGAUCCGGAAAACGACCUUUGCGAUCAGAUUGGCACUCACACCACCGAGGAGACGACAGAGCAACACGCCGACAAGAUUCGGGCAGAACUCACAUGGAUUGAGAAUACCUGGCCCGUCUUGUCUGAUUCACACGACAAGUUGAAAGCAACAUUGAGCGCCUGGGACAAUUUCACUCGCUUUAAACCGAUCUUCCAGAACAUGAAUCCAGAAGAUCGUACAUGCCAAUCCUUCAAUGCCCUACAGGCCAACUUCUAUCAGUUGACCUGCCUCGAGAAACAAAUGAACUCUUUAGCCUCCAAAUGGAAGAACAGGGAGACACAACUGCGUUGCAAACACACACGGCAUGACAUGGACGUGGGGGCUCAACAACGCAAGUUGGCAGAAACGAGCCAUCAGCUUGCAGAGGUCACCAAGAAGAUGUCGCUCACGAUGGUGUUCAGCUUUCCCCUUGCCUUGGCUUCCGCAAUCUUCUCGAUGCAGCCUCCAGUAUUACCUUUUCCCCUAGUCUGGGAAUCCUUCCUGGUCGCUUUGAUUGUCAUCGGCAUCUUAUGUUUGGCUAUCUACCAUUUCGAAAAUUACAGAGGCUCCUGUUCAAAGCGGUGCUCCGAUAUUGCUACUCGGUUAUCCUUGUAUUGCUCACAGCUCCCCCGAAUGAUCCUACCACUAAAAUUGCCCAGACGGUUUGCGCGGUUUCGCAGGGAUGCCGAAAAUGCCGACACAGAACUACCAACACGGGAGCCCGCCAGCGAACGACCUCAGCAAAUGGGCACACCGGCCUUUGGAAACCCCGCACCCAGUGGUCGGUAGAAGCUCCCAGGACGAGAACCAAAAAUAUGAAUGCCGACUCUGCGGAUCUCCCCAAAAGUAGUGACCAAUUUCAAAACGCUGGCCCAUUCCAGUAUGUUGUGCUACGGCGUUUUGGGAGGAGCAUCAGGUGCUUGAGAGCAUGCGCUCUUCGAAUC